AUAAUCUGCAAAACUUGUCGAAACCUAUAAACAAACAUCGAAAGAUGUGUGAUUCUACUUUCGUUUUUUAAUCCGUUCGGAACUUGGCACGUCUUUCUUUAAUUUAUUGUACAUUUUAGUGAAACUUAUCUCAAAAGUGUUUAUUUUUAUUAAAAUUUUGAGUGUUUUAGAAUGUUUUAAAAAGAAUCGUGUCAGCAAUAAUAAGAAUAAUCCACGAUGAAACGACGCGGUGUAGAUUACAAAACCAGAAAAAACAACAGGAGAAAAAACUUGGAAGAUUUUAGUACAUAUUUCCAUUACUCGAAGAUGGUCUUCGGUUGGGUCCUGUUGAUGAUAGUGGAUAAUUUGCUGAGCUUACGGGUUGAAUUCAUGUGGCCAUUGUGGGUCUGCGCCAACUUAUUUUACAGCUGUUUAGAAGUCCAAGGAGUGGGUUGGAUGGCAGUAUUCAUAUCGUUUACUGUAUUCUGGGAUGCAAUUCUGUACAUAAUGUUACCAGUAAACUGGUCGUUUUUCAUCGCCAGCACGUUCAUCUGGAUACAUUAUAUAUGGAUCUACGAAAAGGGAGCCCUACAGCUACCAUCGGUGUUAUUCAUGAUGCUGGUUUCAUAUAUGGAGAUAAGUGUCAGAUUCGGUUCAGCAGCAAUCUUGCCAUUGAAGGCAUUUAUAUUCAGACCUCUUGCCGCUCAUUCGAUCACAUUUUCUAUCAUCCUGAGCCUGAAUAUAGAAAGUGUUUUCAUCACCGAUCGAAAAAAAGUGGAGGAUGGAGAAGAAUGGUUGAAAACGAGUGAAUGUUGUGACAGUGUUUGUAAACACAGUUUGUGUAAUUACUCGAAUGGAAAUGUGAAACAGUCGAAUGGUGUCAUACAGAGUUUGACUGAUAAUAAAAAUAACCAGAAGAAACAAUGGGACAAGAACGAAAUAAAUAAUUCGAUUAAUUCGGAAAAUUUAAAUUAUUCAGCGAAUGGCAACGUUGCUUCGAAAGACUCGUUAGACGUAAGCGAUAAAGUCAUCGUGGACAGAAUACAGUCAGUAAACGAUUACAUCGCAUACGGAAAAGAAAAAGACUGCGGGAAAAAUAGCAAGAAUUGCGGCGUUCCUGUGAAAAGCAACAGCAACUAUAAGGAUAGUAAUACGCAGCAGAAUCUGGCAUCGUCGCAGAAAGAUAACAAAAAGAAUAAAUCGAACCGGGAUUGCAAUGUAUCGCAAGCGUCUAGUCAGAAAGAUGAUUAUUAUCAAAGGUUCGAGGCGCAAUUGAAAAAAGCCAAGAUAGAUUUGCAAAUAAGUCAACAAGUAGAAGUUAAUUUAAGAAAUCAAAUCAAUACCUUAAAUCAAGAUACUAAAAAUAGUAAACACGAGUUGUACAAAGCUCAUCGACUCAACGACGAGUUACAAUCCAAAUUGCAUAAUUUGGUGACGACGAAACAAGCUGAUAAACAAACUAUCGUUAAUUUAGAGAAAAGUUUGGCCGAAGAGAAAAAACAAAGGAAUUCGUUACUCAGUCAGUUACAAAAUUUGAAAAAAUCGUGCAAAAAGAACGAGGAAGCGAAAAACGAAUGCACAGAAUGUUGUAAAAACAGAAGAACAACUUUAGAAGGUGAAAAUAAACGCUUGAAAAAAGAACUCAAAGAGAAAGAAGAAUUGUAUUGCUCAGCUAAACGAGACGCCGCUUUACUGUGCAGGUACAAGGAGAAAUUGCAAGAUGUGAACAUAUUAGUUACUAAAUUAUCCGCCAUGAAGGAGCAAACUACGCAUCUUGAACUUAGUUUGAGAUCCGAGACCAAAAUCAAGCUAGAUCUGUUUUCCGCUCUCGGUGAAGUCAAACGACAGUUGGAUAUUAGAGAGAAAUUAAUUAAAACUCAAGAAGUCGAAAUAGAACAUUUGAAAUACGCUGUGACUCAGUUGAAGAAAUUCAACGCGACGAGUUUGGCCUCGUUUUCAAAUUAUACUUUCGAUUUGGAUACCGAUGAGAUCACUCCAUCUUUGUUGGAUCCGAACGCCGCUACUUAUACGCCCAAUUUCAUCAAACCUCAUUUAUCUAUGGGAACAUAGAUAUCUAUUUUGUCAGAAAACUUAUUUCCCAUUAAACGUGAAGAAGAAUUAAAUACAGUUGGGAAGUUACAAAAACAAAAAUGAAUACGCACACGUUACAUCUCAUCGCUUUGAUUUAUCGUAGUUCAAAAUCAGUUGAACUGUUUUACUUUUUUUCUUUUUUCUUUUCUAAAUGUUUAAGUAUUUUAACUGAUCAGUUUAGCAUUUUGAUGUUGAUUGUUGUUUUAAAUUCACUAAUAUGAUUUUUCUUUCAUUUUAAUUUAAAUGACUGUGUACACUCACUAAUUGGUAAGUUAUGAAUGAAAAAAAUCACGCCAUCGCUGCGCCUUUAUAAAAGUGUACCGGAUCAGCAUGUGCAUUUUUAACGUCCCUCGAAGACGAUUACCUACUUACUAUUUCGGUGUUGUUUUCCUCCUAUAUACACUUUUGUUCUCAAAAAAAUGUUGAAAUUUUCACGCUUUCAGUUCUCUCUGGCAGUUUAUCGAUGUUUUCUUUCGUUGCAUUUGGUAGUUUUUCUCACCGCGCUCUGAGCCGACGAAAUGGUUAAAUUCUCGUAAUGCUACAUAAUAUUCGGGACCAAGCUUGUAAGUUAUUUUUCGAAUUCACUUCGUUACUGUUUCGAAAAACAAACACUGGUAAUUCUCGAAUGCAAUGAUACUUAUCUUUAGAAGAAUUUUUUCCCCUUUUUUAAUUUCUCGUCAAAGAUUUCGUUUUAUUUUUCGUUUUCGCUUUAGAAGAUUUUUUCGUUCUUUUUAAGUAUGUAUUUUUGAAACUCGUACGCACAAUGUACUUAAUUUGGCCGACGUUUAACUGCCAUAUUGUUUUUUUGUUUUUAUUUUUUAUUUAAAGAUGUGUAUUUUGUUUUUCAUUUUAUUAGAUUUACUAACGUGUUUGGUUAUAGAACAUUGUAACUUGGUUGUGUCGAUGUAAUGUUUAGAGGUAUAUGAAGUAAAAACUUAACAUGCUUGAAGCCGGUCUGUAGGGUUGAUUUGUUUAGUUGAUUUUAUUUAUUUAUUUUUUUUUUUGGUAACGAAUCGAAGCACGUUUUAAAAUUACCUACGCGGAUAGAAAGAAAAAAAACUAAGCGAUCUCAUUUUACUAUACGCCUUUGUCUACGCAUUUAUAUAGUUUAGGUAAUUUUCAUUUUUUUUUUUUUUUUACAAAAUGAUUUCUAAUCAAAAUUAAUGCUGUGAAUGCCCAAAGAACGAAGGUUCGAGUUUGAAUUAUUGUGGCGUACGUUAGAUUUUAACACUUUUUACGCUAAUAUCAUGGCCAUUUUUAUAGUGAAAGUCCUUGGUUCGAUGUAGCACAAAUUUUACUUCUUUUAUUCAAUUCCAGCGUUUAUGUCAAUUUUCUCCCUCAUUUUAUGAGUUCAUUUUUGUUUUUUUAAUUUAUCGUAUUAUGUACUUAAAUAUUCUAGUCAUUUUUUUAUACGUAUUGUAAUCGAUGAUUUAUUCAUAACUUACCCGCGGAGAUGUUCGAAAAUGCGAACGCGAACGUUUAUAUUCAUACAUACGUAUAUGUUGUGUUGAAGAAUAAAAAACUUCUCAUGUUUUGAUGUGAAAUAUAAAUUUUAUGGAAAUUUUA